AUGUCGGUGGGCCUGGUGGCGUUGCGGAGAAAUGAUCGGAUCACCCGGGAGGAUGCCGAUGAAAAGACCAAAUAUUGGGACGACUAUCCCACCAGGAACUACGUGGACCGAGCACGAGCCCAGAAUGCUUAUUCAGAGUUUUUGGGUGAUGUGUUCCAAAAGCCAAAAGCCCUCGGCCGCUCAGCCUCUCUGGUCAACCUGACCUAUGUACGCGAGACUCCAUCUGAAUUCCCGUGCUUGAAGCGGACAUCCACGUAUUCCUCUCUCGCCCCAUCACUCUCCCUUCCACAGUACGACCGUGAAGCACAGCGGAUAGUGCAUACCGAGAAGGUGUACAAACCCCACUACAGCCAAUGGUACAACAAUGCCUAUUCGUCCGCCAGAUAUGGGGAUACGCACCGAGCCGUCGAACGCCCCUACCGUAACGUGACGGCCGACAUUCCGCGUGUACAGACACAUGUGCCGUUCUUCACCUUCCAGGCCAAGCGAAUCUUCCACGAUCAGCGAGAAGCCUGGAACAGAUCGUACCUCCAUGGCUCGCAGGCGUACCUCGAUCGCUACGUAUCCUCCCGACUCCGCGCCGACGAUUUUGCCAACCGAUUUGCGUACAGCGCCUACGAGUGGCGAAAACCGUCGUCGGACGCCUUCAACCGGCACCCAAUGUAUGACCAUAACGUGCACGUGACGUUCGCCCCGGGCAUCCCGAACUUCUACGAGAAGCAGGCGAUGCGCCGCAUGUACAAGGCCACCGGAAGACUGUAUUUC